ACAGGGGGAGUUGAUCUCAGGCCUUGGACUCUUGUUUAGCCACCUCUGAGCAUUUCAGAACUAGACUGCGCACGGCAGAUCAAAUGAAAAUUGCCUGGCAUCCUGAGAUGAACUGGCUGAGGUGCAUAGUUCCGUUGCUUCUGUGGACAGUCUGUACUUCCCAAAAUGAUUGUUAAUGCUAAAUAUCAUUCCAGUGUGUGAAAAACCACCCGAAGUUGACUUUGGGGAGAUGGUAAGAGGUGAGAGAACUAUAUUUCGGGAACUUGAGAAUGCAAGAGUACAGUACAUGUGUAGCCCGGGAUAUGUAUUGGAGGGGCCCGAGUGGACAACAUGCGAUGGACAAACGUGGACAACACCACCAAAAUGUUUGGCACCCUGUAGUAUCACAAAAGAGCAGCUGGAUGCCAAACACCUGCUUCUGUUUGGUGGCCGAAGGCGUUCCCAUGUGAUUCAACACAAUGGGACAUUGAAAUUCCUGUGCAGGGAACGAUAUAUCCUCCGGCCUCCUUCAGUCAUGAAGUGUAAUGAUGGACACAUGGAUCUCCCAUUAUGCAUCUCAGUUUGUGGAGAACCACCUGAAGUGGACUUUGCAGAGACCAUAAGAAGUGUGAGAACCCAGUUUCAGGAAUUCGAGAGCAUAAGGGCACUUUACAAGUGCAACCCCGGUUAUGCGAUGGAAGGAUCCGGGUGGAUGAAAUGCAAUGGACAAAACUGGACAGAACCACCGAAGUGUCUGGCACCCUGCAGGAUCACAAAAAAACUGCUGGAUUCCAAACAACUGCUUCUGUCUGGAGGUCGGAGACAUUCACAUCUGGUUCAACACAAUCAUACCUUGGAAUUUCUGUGCAGGAAAGGGUAUAUCCUCUCAGCUCCUUCAGUCAGGAAGUGUCUCAAUGGGCACAUGGAUCUUCCAUCAUGUAUCUCAGGAUAAUGAUGAGCUCUUGACUCUCGAUGAUCCCUCCUGAAUUAUCUAA